UAGCUGGACUACAUUUCCCUGCUGCUUGCCAGUGCGCCGCUGUGCCCGAUCGAAGCCUUUUGCUUACAUUCUAACCAUUGUGUUGUUUUUGCUGGCAUUUUGUUACAUCUCACGGGGCAUACAAUCGCAAGGUGCAGAACAUGGGGGAUGAGCAGGAGAUCAUGUGCAAAUUGGAGAGCAUAAAAGAGAUCAGGAACAAGACUCACCAGAUGGAGAAGAUAAAAGCUCGACUGAAGGCAGAGUUUGAAACCCUGGAGUCCGAGGAACGGCACCUUAAAGAGUACAAGCAAGAAAUGGACCUCCUUCUUCAGGAGAAGAUGGCUCAUGUGGAGGAGUUGAGAUUGAUCCAUGCUGAUAUCAAUGUGAUGGAAAACACAAUUAAGCAGUCAGAGAAUGAUCUAAAUAAGCUGCUGGAGUCCACACGGCGAUUGCAUGAGGAAUACAAACCCUUGAAGGAACACGUAGACGCCUUGAGGAUGACGCUAGGACUGCAGAGGCUUCCAGACCUCUGUGAGGAAGAAGAGAAGCUCUCUUUGGACUACUUUGAGAAACAGAAGGCAGAAUGGCAAACAGAGUCUCAGGAACCUCCUAUUCCAGAAUCACUCGCUGCAGCUGCUGCGGCAGCACAACAGCUACAAGUGGCCAGAAAGCAGGACACAAGACAGACGGCCACUUUCCGUCAGCAGCCACCUCCUAUGAAGGCUUGCUUGUCUUGUCAUCAGCAGAUCCAUCGCAAUGCACCCAUCUGCCCCCUUUGCAAAGCAAAAAGCCGGUCCCGAAAUCCAAAGAAGCCAAAGCGGAAGCAGGAUGAAUAGAGCUUCUUUCCUCCUCCUCUAAUACCAUUCUGCAGCUCCUUCCUUGAUACUCACUAGUAAUAAUGUAACUGUAAUUGCCCUGAAUUCUGUGCGAUUUUGAACUGAAUUGGUGUUGUUUUUCUAUUUAACGUGUUGUAAGCACAACAGGGCAUGUUUCAUUGCUGUGGCACCGUUGCAGUGAAAAAUGGCUCUGGGCUUCAAUACAAAAGCCAAAUGUUCAGCUGUUCGGGCUGUUACUCUGCCGUAAAACAUACAUUCCCAGUGUUCGUAAUUUUUUUUUUAUUAUUUGUUUUUUAGAAAUAGGAUUUUUUCUGGUGCUGUUCUAACAUUCAGACCUUUAAACAAAGUCUUGAUAUGUUUAAUGUUGAAAGAGAGAAAUUGUGUGAAACUACAGUUUAGAGGGUUCUUUCUACAGAUGACUGUGGCUUUUAUUUGAUUGCUCAAAUAUAUUUCAUAGGCAAUUGGAUCUGUGAAAUAAAAUGUAAAAUAUUCAUAGAAAAAAAGAAAAA